UUGAUUGUUUUUCACAGUGCUUUUAGCAGAAAAAAUGUAAAUUCACGACUGUUCAGUAAUAUCCGAGGUUUACCUGGACUUGAAUUUCGAAUCAGCAAUUAUGGUUUUUCAUAUAUCAGUCUUUUUGCUAGUCCAGUAAUUAGCGAUGAAAUUAAACGGAUUCGUUUUCCGCUUACAGAACAGUGCUUUCAACAACUUAAAGGCUGUAUUACGAUUCGUAAUCUGUACAUUGCUCGAUAUCGAUGUCCCCAACUGGUGUCCAUUAUCCCUACACCACCAAAGCGCCUCACAAUCAUUGUGCGGAAUUUCGAUGUUUCUGCAACUAUUCAACUAACUGUCCAUCGAGCCUCAAAAGGAUACCCUUACAUGAAAGUUUUUAGAUGUCACGUCUCAAUCGGUUAUACAGACGUCCUUAUACAAAAUGGAGGAUUCGUAGGGAACAUUUUCAAUACACAGUUUCGUGUACGUUUGCUCAUCCAAUGAAU